GGAGCAGUCGGUCUUUUUUGUCACUGCGCUGCAUGCUGAACAGAGAGGAGGGGUACCUUCGCUGAUUGUCCGUUAGAUUGUUGCACAUAUCAUUCAAGAAAUAUACAAAAUGUCAGAUUAUCACAAGCCUGACAAUGAUAAGAUCCAAAAGUUAAAAGAUAUCGGCAAUAAACUAAGAGUCCUGAGCAUUCAAGCAACUAGUGCCGCAGGCUCCGGACAUCCAACAUCAUGUUGCAGUAUGGCGGACAUUAUGUCCGUACUCUUCUUUCAUGUCAUGAAGUACAAAUUGAACGAUCAGAGGGACUGCAACAGCGAUAGGUUCGUGCUCUCAAAGGGCCAUGCAGCACCCAUCUUGUAUGCUUGUUGGGUAGAGAAUGGCGGAUACCCUCUACAAAAGUUGAUGGAUCUUCGCAAGGUUGACAACACCUUUGAGGGACAUCCAACGCCCAGACUUGAUUUUGUAGAUGUUGCUACCGGUUCUCUUGGUCAAGGUCUCAGCAAUGCUUGCGGCAUGGCGUACACUGGCAAAUAUUUUGACAAAGCAAGCUACCGUGUUUACUGCUUGAUUGGUGAUGGAGAGAGUGCGGAGGGUUCCAUAUGGGAGGCUUGCGCCUUUGCCAGCCACUACAAACUGGACAACCUGGUGCUGAUCCUGGAUGCUAACCGACUCGGCCAAAGCCAGCCUACUGCCCUCGGGCACGAGAUGGAUACAUAUCAAAAGAGAUUUGAUUCUUUCGGAUGGAAUUCCGUGGUUGUUGAUGGACACAAUGUUGAGGAUCUGUGUAAGGUUUUCCAUGAGGCAUCAGUUACUAAGGACAAGCCAACAGCAAUUCUUGCCAAGACCUUCAAAGGAAAAGGCUGCCCAGAGGUGGAAGAUCUUGAGAACUGGCAUGGUAAAGCUCUUGGUGCCAAGGCUGAUGCUGCUAUUAAGGCCAUCUCAGCGUUGAUCCAAAGCGAUAAGCCUCAUGGACUUGGUCCUGCUCAACCCGUAGACGAUGCCCCAGCUGUUAACAUCACCAACAUCAAAUUGUCUGAGCCCCCAAGUUACACAGUGGGUGGCGAUAAGGUAAGAGCCUCCCCUCUAUUUCAAGUGCAAGUAACGUUUUAUUAUUGUUGAUGCAAAUUUACAAGA